CACUCCCCAUUCUCCGCCACCCACCCAAACCCUACCCGCUGCCCACCACCUCAGUCCAAAACCGCGAUGGGGCAUCUGAUGGACAAGGAGGAGCGACGGCGUGGCUUCUCGGCACCUAUCGGUUCGAGCAGCCGCCGCCCCUGACGUGAUGACGAAUCCGGUGGCGGAUCAGGCUCCCGCCACUGUCUACGCCUGCCUCGGGCUCUUUCCACUAUGCACGGUGUCCUCCUCCCAAGUUUGUAUUAUUUUUUCCGUGUUCUUUAUACCAGUAUGGCUUGAUGAAUAGAUCGGAAGUUUCCUCGCAACAAAUAUAAUAUGACAGCUAAAUGUAUUUUUUUCCAAGAAAAAUGCUAAAUGUAUCUUUUGGUCCAUAGCAAACGCACGGACAUCUUUUUUUUUACCGUGACACCAGUUUUAAUUUCUUUUUUUAGGGUACCAGUUUUAAUUUCACAAAGGACUUUAAUGCUUACUAUAUACACUGUAUUAUCAUAAUACUUAAAUAACGAAAAAAAGAAAGAAAAGAAAUAGAUCCCGUGAGAAGCGCACAGGGUACUACCGUUGCGAUCUCGAUCCAUAAAACCAAAUCUUUGGGAGGUUAACGCCACAUCCACAUCGCGAUGCCAUUGCUAUCGCCGCCGCCGCCGCCGACGGCGGCUCCCGGGUGCGGGAGGCGGAGGCUGAGCGGCCGACGAAGGCGACGAUCAAAGAGGAGGAACUGGGCAGCGCUGCCCCUGGACGUGAUGCUCUACGUCCUCCACAAGCUGGACGACGUCGAGCUCAUGUUCGGCGGCCCGGCCAGGGUGUGCCGCUCCUGGCACGACGCCGUGUGCGAGCCCGAGCUGUGGCGCCGGAUCGACAUGCGCGGCCGCUCCCGGCGCUUCCGGGAGGCGGUCAGCCUCAAAAAUAUGGCGCAGCUCUCCAUUUGGUUCAGCGCCGGGCAGUGUCGAGAGUUCUUCGGCCAGCACGACGUCGACAACGACCUCCUCCUCUUCCUGGCCGACCGGGCACCCUUAUUGAAGAGUCUUCAUCUUAUCAAGCAUUGUGAUGUAACCAGUGAAACAUUUGCAAAGGCAAUAAUGAAAUUCCCUCUGUUGGAUGAGCUCGAGCUUUGGGAAUGUGAGACACAUGAGACUGGGGUCUUUGACCUUGUUGCCAUGGCUUGUCCACAACUGAAGCACUUAAAACAUGUCAAAGAUAGGGGAUAUUCGCGAUAUAUCUGGCUUGAAUACCCUAUCGAUAACAGCGAAGCCUUGGCAAUUGCAAAGAUGCAUGAGCUACGCUCCCUAAAGCUUUUCCACGGUGGCCUUGACAACCAAGGAUUGACAGCCAUCCUUGAUGGCUGCCCUCAUCUGGAGUACCUUGACAUACGGUAUUGCAACAACAUCACCAUGGACAGCAACAUGCGAGCAAAGUGUGCCCGUGUUAAGAAGAAGAAAUUGUAUCCAUAUGGGCCAACUGAUAACUGGGAGUGUCCUUGGUCUGACAUCCAUGAUGACUUCACCAUUGAUUCUGAGUAUUUUGAGCCUAGCAUCACUGUUUGUAGUUGUUAUCGUCCAUGGGAUAGGGGGUAUUGGUGCUAUUGCGACGAUGAUGAGCCAGACUGUCGUUUUUUCAAUGCGGAGCCUUCUGACUCUGAGGACUCUGAUCAUUCUCGCUUCUUUAGUGGUGCUGAGGAGAGCGAGUUUGAGUAUUGGAGAACCUAAGUAACAUUUGAAUGUUUUGAUGGAAGCGCCUGACCUGGCCAGAUGUUGCACUCAUUGAUGUCCAGUACUUUCUUGCUCUGAUUUGGCCACAAUUAUGUUUGUGGUUCGCCUCUCUGCAUGAAGUUAGAUUUUUUUUUGAAAUUUUUUAGAUUCAAAUUAUAUGUAGUUUCAAUUUUAAAUUUCACGGAGUGUAUAGAGCUCAGAGCAAUAAAAGAGGUCGGUGAUGUUUCACUUGAGUUUGCAUGAAACAAUAGAGGAUGCAAGAAAAACACGGUGUGUUUGCCCAA